AGUCUAGAACGGGGCGUGGCGGGGCAGGACGGGUCGGAAGUAGAUACCCAUGCCUCGCCUCACGCUACUGCGGGUCGGAUAAUACCCGCCCCAUCGCGGAUCAGGUCGGGUAAUACUCGCGGGGCGAGUUGAAAUUGUCAUCACUUCUAAAUACAUUAUAUUAAAUUUGAUUCGAUAUAUAAUUCAAAUAUUAAUUUGGUCCGACCGAGUAUGUCGGACCGGAUGGUCGCCUAGGGUGGGUUCUGACCGGAUUUACCCGGAAAAAAAAAAAAGCGGGAGAAAGAAUCGGAAACAAAAUAGAAAAUUAGGGAUUUCUAUAACUUCUCUCUGGCUUCUCCGUACGUCGUAACCUUCCCUUCAAUCCAUCUGUGUGCCUACCGCGGUGCCGCCAUGGCGCUCCUCCGCAGAAACCGAUUUCGAAGCUGUUCAGAAGAGAACCCUUCCGUCAUCAUCUCACUCGGAGACGAUCUCCUCGGGGAGAUUCUGAUUCGCCUUCCGGACACUAAAUCCGCCUUCCGGUGCAAACUCGUCUGCAAGCGUUGGAGGUCCCUGAUCUCCAGUCCCAGCUUCAGCCGCCGUUUCGUUUCUCACAACCAGAGCACGGGCGAGGCUCGAACUCUGCUUCUUCACACGGACGACGCCAGCGACCCGAAAUCGGUAAUCAUGAGCUUCUUCCCGUCCAUGCCCGAUAGGGUUCGAGAGUGUUUCAAAGUCUUGGAUUGCUUCAAGGACCUGGUUUUGUGUGGGUAUAUGGAUCUAGAUAAGAAUUGUAGCGAGCUUGGCAGAACGUACGUUCUCUGCAAUCCGUUUACCAAGCAAUGGAUGGCCCUUCCGUUGGCGCCUGAAAAGGCAGCGGGUUAUGAAGCACCAGUUACAAGGGGAGCUAAGCUGGAGUUCUUUACUGAUCUAAGGCAACUUGUACCUCGUUGGACGCUGUUCCAGCCUCGGGUUCCUGACUGGCCUACUCCAAUCCCAAGGUACAAGGAACUGCGAGGAAUGUAUGAUGGAAGCUGCCACUGGUUUAGAGCAGCAAACAGAAACUCCCUCAAUACUGAUUCGGAGCAGCAAGCAGUUAAUGCUCUUGCUGCUGUUGACAUUCUUCGUGCUGCAAGGCAAACUCUGAAGAAUGAUUUGGUGGAUAAAAUGUUGUUGCUGCCUGGGUCAGGAGAGCAACUAUGUGAAUAUACGCUGAAGAAUGGUUUAGUGGAUGAUAAAGUGGUGUCUCUCCAAGGUUGUGGAGAGAAAUUACGCGCAUAUUUUGAAGGGUUACGGACGCUCAAUAACGAGCUGAGCGAGUUGGAUUCUAUCUAAAUGCAGUUGAUUACAGGCAUGAAAAAGAAGGACUGAAAGUUGUUAUGGACUAUAGUACUCUUAAUUAGUCGAGGAAGGGCUGGAACAUGUUUAUACAUUAUAGAGCAGUGAACAUGCUGUAGUGUCCAUGGUGAAAUUCCAAACUCGUCUGCUACAGCAACUAUUUCUGGGCCGCUGCCGGAAUUCGCUUCCUUCCUACCUUCAAACAUUCUGUUUGUCUCUACAGACAUGGUGACCUGUAUAAAACAACAUCUUCCAAUCCUAUCAGAAGCAGAUCCUCCUCUUUCAUUGAUGAACAAACUAAGAGACGAUCUCCUCAUAAGAAAUUCUGAUUCGCCUCUUGAACCCGAUAAAUGCCUGCCGUUGCAGACCUGUCUUCAGUCAGCCUUUCGUUUCUCACCACCAGAGCAGUAACAAACUAUGAAGUCUGUUUCUGCACACGGAUCAAACCAGCAACCUGCAAUAGGUCAUCAUGAGCUUUAUCCCCUCCAUGCCUGCUAGACUUAGAGACUGUUUCAAAGUCUUGGAUUGCUUCAAGGAAUUGUUUUUAUGUGGAUUCAUGGAUCCAAGAUUAAGGAUCCAAAUAAAAUUUAUAACAAGCUUGGCAGGAUGUACAUGGUCUGCAAUCCGUUUACAAAGCAGUGGAUGGCCUUUCCAGUGGGGCCUGAGAAGCCAGUGGGUUAUGAAGCACCGGUUACAAGGUUAGUUUGUGAACCCCUUAGUAGUAAUAGUAGUAGUAACCAUAAUUAUAGAAAUCUUGAUCUCGGAGAUGGCCAGGUUUUUCCUUUUCUUCUUCCGAUUAUCGAUUUCGGUUGGUACGUAUAUAUUGACGUAAUGUGUGUAUUAAACUAGACGCGUUUCAUCCGAGUCUGGAAAAUGGACCAAGGAGGCUCUUUUUUUUUUCCUGAUUAUCGCAAACUCUGUCAGAAAAAUGUAUGUCCUGCAAUGGGAAGUUGUUUUGGUUGACAUCCAAGAUGAAACUGAAGAUGUUGAGAGGAAUCCACAUACAAUGCUUUGUGUUGAAUCCCUUCCGCCUUGAUAUACCUGCCACUUUUAUUGAUGCUUCUGUAUCCUCUGGGAAUUGGCAUUGGGAUAUUUCGGUGUCACAAGGUGCUUUGCACAUAAUUGGAUUAUAAGUGAAAACUAUACAUGCUCGUUUAAGGGUUCAGAGACUGGAAAAGGACCGUCAAUCUUCGAGGAAACAAGGUAAAUGGUUGUUGGAGAAGGCAUCAAGGUAGCUAUGAACUUGACCACUGUAAAAUCUUUGAUCUGCAUCCGAAGAAGCCGGAAAUUAUCUUCUUCCUUUAUAUCCCUCCUCCUGGCGUUGAUGUUAUAAUGUGCUGCAACAUGGCGAGUGGAGAUAUAUAGUUCUUUGCUGAUCUAAGAUAACUUGUACCUCGAUGGACUCUGUUCCAGCCUAUGUUGUGCUACUACAAUUCCAAGGUACGAGGAAUUGCGAGGUGUGUAUCAUGGAAGCAGCUGCAGCUGGUUCAGAGCAGCAAACAACUCCCUCAAUGCUGAGUCAGAGCAGCAAGCAAUAACUGGCAUGUUUACUGUGAGUCUCUUUAUCUUUUUGUUGCUGUGUUUUAUUUGGGAAAUUUCUGGUGGGGCUCUCACUUUUCGCAACUCGUUUAAGAACUGGGAUUUCAGAACUCUCGGUUCUAAUUUCUCUUACCAUUUACCCAUUGUUUGAAACCAUCCUUUGAGCAAAGAUUUGGGUAGCUUCUGUCAACAAUGUUUUUGGGUUGGCUUCAAUUGAAAAUUAUUAUUGCCAUAACACCUCUUGCUGUUAGUCUCAACUCUUGGGAUCGACUUUGACAAUUCUAUGAGACCAUUAUUCACAAUCCCUUUUCCUCUUCACGGAAAUGCAUCAUGGGAUCCUUUGUAGUGACCUUCAUUAUUCCUCCAGGGAUAUAUCUUGGCACCAUGUUUUUACAUGGGGUCUCUUACAUACAUGUAACUGGAAGGGAUUAUAUAAAGUUCUUUCUGCUGC